AACAGAUCAAGACGAGGUCGAUACUAACACCCUCGUUAUCCUGUGGCUUAAACGGCUCGAAUACAACGGCGAUCAACCCUUCAAGCCUGCGGAUCACACAGUAAACACCGGCAUAGCCAUUCGAUUCGCACAAUGGCCGAACCCAAUCCUUCAGCGCAGCAGCCCGCUGCCGGCACCGGCGCAACGUACAAGGCGCCCACACCGAAGCCGAAACAGAACCCAGCUCUGCGGAUGAUGGGUCUGCCAAAUCUCCCUCGAAAACUUCCCUCACGCAAUUGGCUCAUAUUCUGGGCUAUCACUGGUUCAAUUUCAGCUGCUAUCAUCUACGACAAGCGCGAGAAGAAGAGGGCUACUGCCAAGUGGAAGCACGCUGUUGCCCCUCUUGCAAAGGACAUAAUCCCCUCAGCAAGCCAACUGCCUCGCAAACUGACCAUUUACCUCGAGGCGCCUCCUGGUGAUGGUUUACGAAUUGCACAGGAUCAUUUUAUUGAGUAUGCCAAGCCCGUCUUGGCUGCCUCUGGACUCGACUGGGAGUUCGUUCAGGGAAGACAACAAGGUGAUGUAAGAGCUGCCGUAGCGGAGAAGAUCCGUAGAGAGAGAAGGAAGCACGAAAGGCCAGAUGAAGAGGACCUACAAACAGAUGAGGCUAUAGCUGAGUCGUUGAGGAAGAAGAACCAGGUUCCUGAGUAUGAGGGUGUCAAAGGCGAUAUCAUCUUCGGCCGACAUACAUGGAAGGAAUAUAUCAGGGGACUACACGAGGGUUGGCUUGGUCCUCUUGACCCCCCCGUAAAGCUUGAGCCUAUAACAAAACUCGUCGAGGCGGAUUCCGAGACUCCCAAGGCCGAAGGUGAGCAACCCGAAGAGAAGGAGGAGGGCAAGAAAGAGAAGGAAGAGAAGAAGCCUGAGCGACCACCUCAACCACUGCCAUACAACACCGCCGCCGAUUAUUCCAUCGCUAAUCUCCCCCCUCAAAUUCCCGCCGAGUUUUCUCCUGCAAACCCCAUCCCUCUUCCCCACCGCCUGGGCUUCCGUCACACUCUAGUCCGCCUGAACCGCUUCUUCAACCGCCGCAAACUAGCCGACGAGAUCGGCCGCGAGGUUGCUGCCGUAUGCUUCGCCAACUCUUCUCGUGAGUGGCGAGAGGCCAAUGGUCAGUAUGAGCAGGAGCUCGUACUAAAGCAUGAGGAGAACGACUGGGUCAAGUCGGUUUGGAAGCCCGAGGAACCCCCCAAGCAAGAUGACGACAGUACCGCCGCUGCCCCUUCUGAGCCUCCCAAGGAGAAAAUUUGGCCUGCGCCUAUGAUCGUUGAUCCUAGAUUGGCGCAGCGCAUGCGGCGCUUUGAGAUUGCCCCUGAAGAUGAAGCCCGCGCUGCACAGAUCAAGGUCCCUGAGGCCGAGAUCGAGGGAUGGAUAAAAGGAAGCUUCCGCAGCUUGUGGAACUAUACUGUCGAAUCAGUGACUGCCAAACCCAUGAGGCCCAAUGUUGGUAAUGUGGACAGCGAUGAGUAGAACGGAGUGUUGUCCUUUGAUAUGAAAAGGGCGGUGCGGUGUGACGGGGCGCCACCGCUAUGUAUGUUCAUGUACUACUACAAGUCUGUUAUGGAGUGCAUCUCGUGGUUAAGAUUUCAACUUUGUAUAUUACACCAGUUCGGGGGCCGGUGCAAAUGUAACAUUAAUGAUAGAAUGAGGUACGGCAUCGAGCGUGGUCAUGGUCUAUUAUGCCAUAUAAUUCAAUGGCGUUUGAUUGCCUUUUAUCGUGUAAUCUCAACCCUGUUGUACUUCGCUCAUACCUUCAAUCGUCAUCAUCUGAAUUGCUCCCAUAGCCCACCAAUGCUAGCCCC